AUGGCGGAGGUUGUUUGUCGGUUUUUUUCUAGAAUUCACUUUUUCCUUUUUCGAAAUUGAGACGUUUUUUGUUUUAAAAAGAUAAGAAAUGUUAGAACGUUCGGUGUAUUUUUCAAUAAAAGAAACAUUUUGCGAUAAGAGAAUCGUCUUUUGUGCGGAAUUUUUUGAGUCAUCCCGCCUUUCGGCCGAUUCACAAGCUCUGAAUCAUGAAGAGAAUUCCGGACAAAGGUCUUUUGUUGCCUUUUUCCUGGCUUCUUUUCUUGCCCUGGGUUAGAUCCGUUUUCAAACUUGGUUUCAGUGUAUAUUUUAAAAAGAAGUGGUAAAAAAAAAAUCCUUUUUUCAAGUUUUUCGUUGGAACUUCUUGAAUUUAACAGACCAAUUUUCAUUACCGACUUAAAAAUGGUCCAUAAGUCCUUCAAAAAAGUUACAGUACCCCUCUUACGGUAGCUAUUCGUCCCCUGUGUUCCAUUUAAAGAUAAUUUUUCAAAAAUUCUGGAAAAAAGUUAUAUUUUAAGAAGAAAAAAUCCUUUUUUCAAGUUUUUCGUUGGAACUUCUUAAAUUUACCAGACGAAUUUUUAUUACCGACUUUGAAACCGCCCAUAAGUCCUUCAAAAAGUUACAGUACCCCUUUUACGGUAGUAAAUCGUUCCCUGUGUUCCAUUUAAAGGUUAUUUUUUAAAAAUUCUGGAAAAAAGUUAGAUUUUGAGAAGAAAAAAUCAUUUUUCUUUCUUUUUUUAAAGUUUUCGUUGAAACUUCUUGAGUUCAAAAGACGGCUUUACAUUAAAAAGCGUCCAUAAGUCCUUUAAAAAGUUACAGUACCCCUUUUACGGUAGUAAAUCGUUCCCUGUGUUCCAUUUAAAGGUUAUUUUUUUAAAAAAAUUCUGGAAAAAAAGUGAUUUAAAAAAAUUAAAACGAAAAAAAUUUUUCAGUUUUUCUCAAAAUUUCCAUCACAAAUCUAUAUAUAACACCACGCCUGCCGCAAUUUCUGUGUUUAUUUGUGGAAUUUACUCCUUGUAAACAUUGAAAUGAUGAACUUCCCGGCGCAUUUUCCGAUUCGGAAGCUGAUUAACUUCCCGUUGAACUUUUUUCCAAGGAAAUAUUUUGUUGGAAACAACAAAUUUCUGCACUUUGAUGCACUUAGCGACUUUUUUUCUAGGCUCUGGAUCGAUUUUUUUGAGAAAAGCCGGGCUCUUUUCCAGAUUUCUUUGUGGUUUCGUUUCUGAAAAACUCCUUUAUUUUUUUCUGAAAAUCUUGAAAAUCAUACAAACAACUUCAUUUUACCUAUCUGCAAAUGUUUUAAAAUGCGCAAAAUAUCAUUUUUUUGAGCUUAUUGAAUCCCUAGAAAUUUGCUUUAUUCGAAAAACUUAGAGAUUUUUCUUGGAAGCCAGUACUUUUUAUAAGUUUUUUUAUAAGCUUCAACUUGUUAAUUUGAUAAAAAAAUUUGAGUGUAAAGUUGAAAAAAAUUCAAGUUUUAUAAGGUGAAACUUCCAAGAAAUUCCCUCAAAUUCAAGAAUUUUUGGUCAUUUAAUCACCUUUUUUUGUAUAAUUGAGGAUUUUUUUCUUUAUUUUUUUCAUAUUUUCAGGAUUUUUUUAGACAAUUUUUCAAAUAUUCCAAGCCGUUUUUCAACGUGAUUUCCGUGAAAUUUAUCUCUAAAUCUCCAAAAAUUAAGUUGUCUUUUUUUCUUUCUCUGACGCCUAUUUUUGAAUUUCGCAGAAUCACUUUGAAGGGGUGCAUCAAAAAAAUAUUCAAUUCCGAGUUUUUUUGAUUUCUUUUUCAAGCUUCUCUGAAACAGUGGAUUCAUAUAUUCCUGUCCACUUUUUUUCCACUCAAGUGACCACUUGAAACGCAAUUGUGCGCUCUUAUCGCCCAGUGUUUGCACAAAUAUUCGCGUUUCCCGUCCUGUAUUUAGAAAAAUCGCGUUUUUUUCUUUUUAUUUUUUUAAUUUAUUUAAUUGAAAAAAAUGGCUUGUUUUUUUAAUGAAUAUGAUCAAAUUUGGAAGCGAAAUAACUUGAAAAAAAUUUAUCGAUUUUUUUCUUUUUUUAUGUUCAAUUUUUUUAAAUUUCAAUCUUCCCAGUUUCAGCCUUUUUUUAUAAAUUCAUUUUGAAGUUGAAAAUAUUGAUCCUUGGGUGGUUUUUGAGUUGAGUUGGAAAAUUCGCGUCGAUGUUCAUUUUUUCACUAGAAAAUGUCAUGAAAUUGAUCUUUUUCCAUUAUUUUCGAGGUUUUGGCAUUUUUUUCAUUUUGCUUAUGUUUAUUUGAUUGAUUUAUUUUUUUUUUCGGGUUUUUUUUUUUGAUUUAAGCCUUUUUCUAUUUUUUGAAUUCAGUGAUGGCCGAUCUUUUCAACAAGCACAUUAAAAAAGCGACAGCCAGGACGAAGGAAAAAGGUUAAUUUUUUGAUUGUUUCACCUAAUAAUUAACUUUUUUUCAAAUAAAAUCAUUUUUUUGAGAAAGACUAGAAACAGUGAUGUUAUAUAAAAAAAGUUUUUUUCUGUUAAAUUUUUUUCACAUACUUUUUAUUAAACGAUUACUACAUUCAAAGUCUCAAAAAAACGUUUUUUUAAGUUUUUUUCAUAUUUUUUUGAAAGAACUAGUUGAGUUUAUGCUCUUCAAAAAUUACAGGAAAUGCCCGAUUUUUAAAAUUAUUUCAGCUCCUGGAAGGGAUCGGGAAGGCAAAAGCGACCCAAGACGAAGUUUUCGACCAACACGCCGCAAAUUUGAACAAACAGAGCAAAUCCUGUGAACGUCUUCAUAAGGAUUUGAAGGUUUUUCCAAGAAAUUGCCUAUUUUUGUUGAUUUGAAACGAAAAUUGAAGUUUUUUAAUGAAAAAAUGAACGUUAUUGUGUGAAAAAUCUGCUUUUUUUUUUGAGAAAUAUUAGCCAAAAAUUGGAAAAUUAAUCAUAAAAUUAAAAAAUGGAACAAGCAGAGCACAUCCUGUGAACGUCUUCUUAAGGAUUUGAAGGUUUUUUUUCAGGAAAUUUCCUAUUUUUUUGUUGAUUUGAAGUGAAAAUUUAAAGUUUUGAAUGAAAAAAUGAGCCUUUUUGUGUGAAAAAUCAGCUUUUUAAUGGAAAAUAACGGUAUUUUGCUGAAUAUAUCGCGAUUUUUAAUAGAGAUUUGAGGUUCAAAUUGAAGGUUUUUCCAGGAAAUUUCUUAUUUUAUCGUUUAUUUUGAUUGAUUUGAAGGAAAAAGUUGUUUUAAUUUGAAAAAUAAGCUUUUUGAGGGGGAAAAUGAGCCUUUUCUGUGAAAAUUAUGCUUUUUGUGACGAAAAUGAGCUUUUUCUGGUGAAAAAUAACUUCAUGGAGCUGAAUAAAAAAACCUCUUAAAAUUUAAAUAUUUCUCUCAGAUUGAAGUUUUAGCUUGAUUUUUCCUAUUUUAUCUUUUUAUUCUUGUUGAUUAGAAGUGAAAAUUAGAAAUUUUGAAAGAAAGAAUCAAGUUUUUUUCAGUGGAAAUUAAGCUUUUUUUGAGAAAAAAAUUAGCCAAAAUUUGGAAAAUUAAUUAUAAAAUUAUAAAAUUGACGUUAUCCAGUUUUUCUUUCUAAUUUUCAUAAAAUAUCCGAAAACGCCCAAUUUUUCAUAAACUUUUGAUAUGUUCUAAGCGCUAAAAAAAGAUUUUCUAAAACACCAUUUUUGUUCGAAAUUGCCUCUAAUUCGACUUUUUUCCCAACAGUUAUUUUCAAUUCAAUGGUUAUAUUUUCCAGAUCUACGCCCAAUCACUGAAAGCGUUGAUCGCGGCCGAAAAAACGCUCCGGGACACGAUUCGCGACGCUUACGAGCCCGAAUGGCCCGAAAGGGAACACUUGACCGCCAUUUUCGAUGUUCGUUUUAAUUGAAACAGUAAUUUUUAUGUUUGAAGUAUAUUAGAAAAUUCCUGAUUGUGUUUUAAAAAGGAUCUAUUUGAACAUUUCUAGCGGCUUUUUUUGAUUGGAAAACUUUGGAACUUGAAAAAAAUAGUCUUUGAAAAAAAAAAUUAUCCUUUUGAAAAUUUUCAUGAAUGUGUUAGGAUCAAAAAGACAUUUUUGAAUUAAAAAUGCCUCGGAAAAAAAUAUUGAAAUGUUAAUAUCCAUACAUAAGGACUCUUUUGUACUUUUUUUCAAAGACAUUUUUUUGAAUUUUUUUCAGAAGAAUUUUUUUAAUUGAAAAGCUUGUAGAGAGGUGAAAGAUACCUUGAAAGUGUAUUUGAAUGGAAAAAUUCUUUAAAAACGGUCCUUUUUUUCAAUUUCAGUUAUAUUUUUUUGAUUGGAAAACUUUUUUUAUCAUGAAAAAAAUGCCUGAAAAAAAUUCUUAAAUGAUGAAAUUUUUCAAAAAAAUGUUCUACUCGUGAAUUUUUUUAGGGAAAUUUAUGUGUAAAAGACUUUUUGAAAUGAAAAAAAUCCUUAAAUGAAUACUAGAACGGAAAAAAAUCUUUUAAAAAUAACUCUUUUUGGACAUUUUUCAGGGAUAUUUCCCGCUUGGAAAACUUUUCAAGAUAACAGAAAAUUCCUUGAAAAAAAUUUGGAUGGUAGAAUCCCCAAAAAAAUAACUUUUUUUGUACUUUUUUUCAGAGUCAUUUUUUUAUUAUAGACUUUUUGAAAUGAAAAAAAGUCUUGAAUGAAUAGAAAAAAACCGAAAAAAAUCUUCAAAAAGUGACCUUUUGAACCUUUUUGGGAGCGUUUUUUUGAUAAGAAAAAUAUUUGAAAAUGAGAAAAUAAUGUUUAAAAAAAUACUAGAAUGAGAAAUUGUUUCAAAAAAAUGAACCUUUUUUUGGACAUUUUCAGAAAUUUUUUUGAUAGGAAAACUCUUCGAGAUAAAAAAAAGUACCUUGAAAAGAUACUAAAAAGGGAAAAAUCUUUUAAAAAAACGACCUUUUUGGACAUUUUCAAGGACUAUUUUUUUCGAUUAAAAGGCAUUCAGAGAUGAAAAAAAUUGCUUCGAAAUAUUAUCAAAUUCAAUAAAUCUUUGAAAAAAAUGAUCCUUUUCAACAUUUAUAGAAAUAUUUCCCGAUUGGAAAACUUUUUACCAUGAAAAAAAAUUGCCUGAAAAAAAUAUGAGAAUUAAAAAAAUCUUCAAGAAAUGAUCUAUUUGUGAAUUUUUUUAGUGGCAAUUUAUGUGUAAAAAGACUUUGAGAUGAAAAAGUCUUGAAUGAAUAUAAGAACGGGAAAAAUCUUCAAAAAGUGUGUUUUUGAACCUUGUGGGAGCAUUUUUUUGAUAGGAAAACAUUUGAAAAAGAAUGACUUUUUUUACACAUUUUUUUAGUGACAGUUUUUUUGGAAGCCUUUACAUGUGAAAAAAAUAUAAUUUAAUGUAAAAAUGGAAAAAAAUUUCAAGAAACUUUUUUUGGACGUUUUUCAAGGACAUUUUUUUCGUUUAAACGACAUUCAGAGAUGACAAAAUUGCUUUGGAAGAAUAUCAAAUUCAAUAAAUCUUUGAAAAAAAUGAUCCUUUUUCAACAUUUAUAGAAAUAUUUCCCGAUUGGAAAACUUUUUACCAUGAAAAAAAAUUGUCUGAGAAAAAUUUAAAAAAAUGGAAAACUUUAAAAAAAUCGAAAUGAAAUGUCUUUUUAGAACCUGGAUAUCCAGUCGAGUGAACUCGAAAAAACGGUCUGUGAGGAUUUGCCGCAAAGUGUGACGGCCUACGUCAAUCAGUUUUCCGAUUUGAAGAAGAAGGUUUCAUUUGAGUGAUUUUUCAAUCAAUAAUCGAUGAUUUCAAGGUCGAGAAAAGAGGACGAAAAUUAGUGGAUUAUGACAGCGCCAAGCACUCCUACAACUCCAUUAAGGCGUCCAGCAAAAAGGUGAAUAAUAAUUCUGAAAAAAUCGAUAAAGCUUUGAAAAAGGCCCGAAUGAUUGAAUAUUCAAAAAAAGUUCAAAAUAAUAUUUUUUUAGAAUUCAUUUUGAGAAAAAAAUUACGACUUAAUCCUACAGAAAAAUUCCGAAAAAAAAAUUUUUUUCCAUUUUAUGCCUCUUUCCUGUUUCAAAUACACAUCUUGUAACUUUUCAAUUUCUCUGUUUGAUAAUUCUUGGAUUUUUUUAAUGAUUAAAAAAAUCAAAUUUUAACAGUUUUUUUAUAAAAAAAUUUGUUGAUUUUUCUCACUGAAAAAAAUAAAAUCGAAAGCUAUUUUUAGAGUGAAAAAUCAAGAUUUUAGGACUAGAUUUUCAAUUUUCCUCCAGAAAAAUGCGUUAGUUUUUGUAGGGAAAAAAAUUUUUGAAAAAAAAAGUUUUUGAAGAAUAUUUUUUUCAUAAUGAUUUUUACACAGAAAAUUUUUGAUUUUGAGAGAAAUUUCAAGUUUUUAGACAGGGAUUUUUGGGAGUUUUUUUAUGGUUUUCUGACGAGAAAAUGAAGUUCUAGGUGUAGAAAUCAUACAAAAAAAUGUUGAAAUAUGACAAUUUUUCUAUAGGGAGCUUGAGUUAAAAAAACUCACAAACUAUGCGAAUUUCAAGUUUUUGAAAAUUUCAGAAAUUGAAAAUAAAAAAAUGAGGUUCCAGUUUCGUGAAUCGUACAAAAAAUUAUUUCCCAAAUCGAUCCAUUUCAAAAACUUUCUCUGCAAAGCUAGAGUACAAAUUUAACACAAUCAGCCAAUUUUUAGGAACGCCAGAGUGGUCCCUAGAGGGGUUCGGGGAAAAAAUCCAUUUUAUUUGAGAAAACCGGGCUCCCUAUAGGGGUCAAAUUUAGGUGGUCCCUCUAGGGGAUAGGGCUUGACCUCUGAGCUUUCAAGGCUUAAGUGGUCCCUAUAGUGUUUUUUUUUUUCAUUCUUUUUUGGUGUCAAGUUAAAAAUCCGUGUAGGGACCAUUUGAAUGCUCCCCUAGAGUGGCCACUUCUUCAAGAUUUCGUGCUCCUAUAGGAGGAGAUGAAGUGGUCCCUAGAGGGGAACCUAUGAGAAUCCCCUAAGUUUUCCCCUUCAGGGAUCACUCAUUAUUUGCUAGACCGCCCCUAAAGUGUUUUUUUUUUCAUUUUGUUUUUGGUGUUACGUUGAAAAGACGUAUAGAAACCAUGCACCCCUAGAGUGGCCACUUAUUGCCCCCUACAGGAGGAGACGAAGUGGUCCCUUGAGAGGAACCUACAAGGACCCCUAAGGUUGCCCUUCAGGGGCCACUCUGGCGUUUCAAAGUUUCAUUAUUUGCUAGACCGCCCCUUGAGUGGUUUUUUUCAUUUUUGUUUUGGGUGGUAUAUUGAAAAGGCACCCCUAGAGUGACCACUUAUUGCCCUCUAUAGGGUAAGAAAAAGUGGUCCCUUGAGGGGAACCUAUAAGAAGCCCCUCUAGUGACCACUUCAACGAUAAAAGGUUCCAAUUUUUCAGGGUGACCAAGACCCGAAGUUGGCCAAGGCGACUUCAGAGCUCCAGAAUGCCGAAACGACGUUCGUCGAGUUGAACAAGGAACUGUUGGAGGUAAUAGUUGAGAAGACGCGACGAAUUUUUGGUGGUAUGAAAAAAAGACCAGCGAAAUUUCAAACGGCGACUUUUCCGACUUUUUCAUAUCGUUAGGGAACUUUCCGACGGCCACCUUUCCGCAGAAUCUUUUUUCCGACUUUUUCCGCUUUUAUUUUUCGGUUUAUUAAACAUCUAUUAUCAUUUUUUCCUAUUUCUUUGUGUUUUAAUCAUGAACCAACUACCUACAUUGUAUAGGAAGAUUCAAAACGAACAUUUUAUCGAGAAAAAAAGUCGGAAAAAGAUUCGUCAGAAAGUUCCCUAGCGAUAUGAAAAAAUCGGAAAAGUCGCCGUUUGAUUUUUGGUUAAUAUUUUUUUUUAUACCGCCGAAAUUUUUUCUCGGAAAAAAUAAAGUCUUAUGAAUUCCUUGCAACGGUAGAUCCUUGUAUCGGUAAAAAAAAAUCAGUUCAAAACUCUAAAAAGGAGCGCCAAAAGGGCGCCACAACUCUUUCUCUGACACACACUAUUUCGUCGUUUUCUCGCAGCUAGAUAACGACGAAAUAGUGUGUUACAGAGAAAGAGUUGCGGCGCUCCAUGUCAGAAAAAAGUUUUGAAAAAAAAAAUUUUCGUUCACCUCUUUCCUGUUUCAAAUGUUGUAUAUAUAUAUAUUUGUUUUUUUUUUUUUUGUUAUUCUUUUUGCACAGCUGAUUGAAGAAAUCAAAAUUGAAUGCUUUUUUAAUUUUGGCCAUUCCGAUAUCGACUUUAUAUUCUUCCAGAAUCGUCACAAAAAUACGCAAAAUUCGCAUUUUUUUUUUAGAAAAAUUGGGUCGAAAUGGCGACGUUUCGGCGCGAAAUUCAAAUUUUUGGGCAACUUUUAGACAAAAUUUUGAAAUUCGUUAUUUCGUUGUAGGACCCAAUUUUUCUCACGGCGCGUGAAAAUUUCAAAUUCGAAGUCCUCGAAAUUUCUUAUAUAGUCGAUUCACGGCUGGCUUGGGACAAAAAGGGGCGUGACCUGUCUGCGCUCUCCGCUAAUCGGACACUAUUUCUUUUUUCUUGGUUUCAAGGCCUUUUUUUGAUGGCUCUACCAGCUUUAUUACUCAUUUCACAUAUUUAUUGCUCACAUUAGAGUUUUUCAAAGCAAAAAAGCGAAAGACAGCCGUGAAUCGACUAUAGCCGGGAAUUAAUCUUGAAAAAAAUGUUUUUUUAUUUUUUUAUUUUUUUAAAUUUUAAAUUCUUAGAUUCUCCCCGCCACCUACGACAGCCGGAUAACGUUCUUCGUGGACACUUUGCAGACGUUGUUCAACAGCAACAGCGUCUAUCAGACCGAGGCCAGCAAGGUAAAAGAAAAAGAAAACCAAAUUUUUGAAGUUUUUGAAGGACAAGAGUAA